AUGUCUAAUCAAGAGCUUCCCUUAUUCUCUCAUCACUUUCGGUGUCCCAAAGAAAAUAAUCAUCAAAGCAAUGAUGCUAAUGGCGUUGACUCAUGUCAAGCUCUUUUUGUCAUUGAUGGCUCGGAUUUAUGGACAUCAUUCCGCGGAGAAAUUCUCUCGAUUCAAACAGCUGCAAACUCAGCAUUUGCCUCGUCGUCGAGUCUUUUUUCAGCUAAUUUUUGGGUCUACGGAGAUACGAAACAAGAUCAAGAGAUUCCUAAAUACUUUUUCGUUUCGUAUCCAGAAUUUUUGAAUGAAUUGGAUGGAGCGUUUACUUAUGGUGGAAAAGAAUAUAUUGAUGGAGCGAUCAAUAAACUGAAUGAUUACUCGAGCAAAAGAGUGAUCAUCAUCCUCUACACAGCUAGCUCUCAAAAUUUGAUCAACACUGCCGGAAAAGCCUACAAGGGACAAGCGAGAACAGUGGCUGUACAUCAAAAUGAUGGUAUUGAUGCGAGUCCAAUCUCAAACUAUCCAAGUCCAUCAUCAUCGGAUUCAAAACAAAUCACCGAGCUAAUCGUACAAGCAUGUCACGAUCUACCACCAGGUAAAACUCGACCGUUUUUU